AUGGUCUUCCUCAGCAGCCUAGGCGUCCUUGCCUUGUUGACGAGCACCGUGCUCUCACACCCUCAGCCAUCUCCUGCUCCCGUCUCCACGACAACGUGCCAGGGAAAAUCCUAUACAUACAACGAACUCGCCGGUUUCGGUUCCAUCCCCUCUGACGCGAGAGACAAAUUCGGCGACACAAUCAGCAUCGGCUCCUCAGCCGCGAUCACCAACUGGAAAAAGCGAUCUGCCGGUGGCAAAAACAAACAAACCUACUACACCGGCACGCUCUACGGCCUCCCCGACAGAGGCUGGAACACCCAAGGCACCCAAAACACCAUCCCUCGCGUCCACACCUUUGAUGUGACUUUCACCCCAGCCGCGGCAUCUCAAUCCCCGCCCCUCCCACCAAACCUCCUCUUCAAAUACAAAGCCACCAUCCUUCUUACCUCUCCCAGCGGUGAACCCCUCACUGGUCUCGACCCAGACAGUAUCACCACCCUCCCUGGCUUUCCCCCCCUCCCAGCAUCGACCUAUCCCGGUGAUGGGUUUGGUGGCCCCGGUCCAGGAGGAAAACGCAUCGCUAUUGACGCCGAAGGCUUGGUGUUGAAUGAUGAUGGCACCUUCUGGAUAAGCGACGAGUACGGCCCGUACAUCUACCUCUUCUCCCCCAGCGGAAAACUCCUAUCCGCCAUCGCCCCACCUGAUGCUCUCCUCCCACUGAGGAAUGGCACCCUCAGUUUCAGCAGUGACAACGCCCCUAUUUUCGACAGCGGCAAACGACCCAUUCCUACCAACCCCAGUCAGGGUAGGUCAAACAACCAGGGUUUUGAGGGGUUAACCGCCAGUUCAGAUGGGAAACAACUCUGGGUCAUGCUGCAGAGUGCGGGGAGGCUGGAAGGGGGCGGGAAUGCUGCUACGAGGAGGUAUACCCGGUUAUUGAGGUAUGAUGUUAGCAAGGGGAAAGGCAAGAAGGUGAAGUACUCCGGGGAGUGGGUUGUGCCUUUGCCUACGUUUACUGAUGGGCAAGGGAGGACGAGGGUGGCGGCGCAGAGUGAGAUCAAGUAUGUCAGUGACGAGCAGCUGCUUGUGCUGCCGAGGGAUAGCGGGGUUGGUGCUUGCACUGAUAGCCCGACGAGUUUGUACAGGCAUGUGGACGUGGUUGAUAUUGGGAGGGCGACGGAUGUGAAGGGGAGGAGGUAUGAUUUGUUUAAUGCUUCGAUUGCGAGUGAAGAUGGUGUGUUGAAGCCAGAGAUAACACCCGCGACACUUUGCCCGUGGAUCGACUUCAACAUCAAUUCUAGGCUGAACAAGUUUGGGCUGAGGAACGGGCCCCCAGCGUUGCCGAUGAACAGCCUUUUGAAUGAGAAGUGGGAGAGCUUGGUGUUGGUUCCGGUGGACGAUGGCAAGAAGGACGAGUACUUCUUGAUUGUCAUCUCUGAUAAUGACUUUAUCACGCAGAAUGGAUUCAUCAACAACGGCAAGAUCCCAUACAAAGACGCGAGUGGGUGCAGCCUGGACCAACAGGCCUUGGUGUUCAAGGUCACGCUGCCAAGGAAGAGUAGGCCUUUGAUCGGAUAG